CUUAGCUUGAAAAAGCAGCAGUUAUUGCUUAUUCCGCCAUAAUGUCUGGCCGCGGCAAGCAAGGAGGCAAGGCCCGCGCCAAGGCCAAGUCGCGGUCGUCCCGCGCCGGGCUGCAGUUCCCGGUGGGGCGCGUGCACCGGCUGCUGCGCAAGGGCAACUACGCGGAGCGCGUGGGCGCCGGCGCGCCCGUGUACAUGGCGGCCGUGCUGGAGUACCUGACGGCCGAAAUCCUGGAGCUGGCGGGCAACGCGGCCCGCGACAACAAGAAGACGCGCAUCAUCCCGCGCCACCUGCAGCUGGCCAUCCGCAACGACGAGGAGCUCAACAAGCUGCUGGGCAAAGUGACGAUCGCGCAGGGCGGCGUCCUGCCCAACAUCCAGGCCGUGCUGCUGCCCAAGAAGACCGAGAGCCACCAUAAGGCCAAGGGCAAGUGAGGCCGCCGCUCGGGCCCGCGUCUCGGGGGGGACGUUCGCGAACUCAAAGGCUCUUUUCAGAGCCACCCACUGGUUCAGAUUAUAAAGAGUUGUGUCACGAUG